GACAAUUCUUAGGGCUUUGGUGGGCUGUGCUGUUUGAUACCUCCCCUCACUCUGUGAAGGGGGAAAGGAGUUCACACCUCACACCUGGAGCUGAAGGUACAUGAGGGUGGGAAGCCGGAGGAUGUGACAAGCCAAGACUUAGACACAAUAAGGUGUGAAGACUGAAGCGUUAACUCUCCCUGACUCGAGGUACAUUCAAAGAAGAGCCACGUAAAAGCCAAGAUGUGAACUCGAGACCUCGAAGAGGGCCUCUUCCUCUGAGCACAGCAAGUUUGGAUCCCUAGAAAGGGGCUCAUUAUUUUGUUUGAGUUAAUUGAGCUUUUGUUAAAUGCUAUAUGCCAAAGGCCCAACUUUGCCCACACUGAUUCCACAAAUACAAGAAAUGAAAUGAUCUCUAUUCACAAGAGCUUCUAACUGGGGAGAGAAUACAUGGAACCUAAAUAUAAAAAACUCUAGAGUAUCUUGAAGGUGAGAACACCAGCUGGAAGGGACAUUGUCUUAGACCUCCGACCUCCUCUUCCCAUAAUACUUAGCAUGUACUAAACACUUAGUUAUAAAAGUCUUUGACUAAUUGAUUCAUUCAUUCAGGAGAGGAGGGAACGGAGCCUCUGAGGGAAGUGCCUCCAUCAUGCUCUUAUAGAGAAAGAAAAGGUUUAAAACUGCCAUACUUACAACAGUGAGAAAGCUGCUUACUUUGAAAUUAAUCCCAGCCCCCAAACCUUUGGUAAAGGGGAGGGGACAAGUGCAUGCAGUAGCAUAAAUACUGCUCCCUCCCCCAGUAGAAGACUUGACUUUGGAGGCAGCAAGAGAUUCGUGACCAUUCGUCUUCACUCCUUGGUGCUGAACAAUGCAGACUUCACAGGUCACUCCACUCAACGUUUGUGUUGAAUAAAUGUAAGAACAGGGAUGAUGACCAGACAAAAACAAAGGCAACAACAAAGAAGACAGAGACCAGUAAAAUUAGGAAUAAUAAGCCCCAGGCAGUUAACAGGACUAAAAGUGUCAAUCCAGACAUGGCUGUUCGGAGAAGGAGCAUCUCACCGCCCAGAAGUCAGGUUUCAACCUUAACGAGAUUCCUGGAAGACCAAAGGAGCCAACAUUCUCAUGAUAUUUCUGUACAUUCUUCAUUUUCCCUGCCUUCUCCCUUGAUGCCUUCCUUCAGGCACCAGUCACGACAAUCACCUCAUGCACCCUAUGGACAAGGCAUCUCUCCUCCCUACUUAAACAAUUUCACUUCUGGAAUUCCGCUGCCCUCUCCUUUUUCUUAUGUUGAUCCUUUCUUCCGAAGACCACCUGAGAGGGCUCAAGCUUCAAACCAAUUCCUGACCUCCCCCUCUUUCUGGAGCUCAUCCCAAAGACAACCAUUUAUGGAGUGUAAUGGUGAAAUGUGCUUUCAUUCAAGAAAUCUUGAAUCUAGAGGGAGUCAGUCACCAGCAACCCAAGUUACAAGGCUGGAAAAAGAUACUUCUGGAACAAACUAUAACUUCAAUGAUUGCUAUGCUUCCCCUUCUACGAUGCUGAAAUUUGGAGCUACUUCUAGCCUGGACUCUAGGGAUGAUUACCCACCAAUUUUCCAUAUUCCUUUAAAAUCAGACACACCAACGGAUAAACAUUUUUCAUUAAUACAUCAGAACUUCCCACCACCUCCACCUAUCAGGUACAACUUAACCCCACCAAAGUCCUUAACUGAUCCUGAAGAGGAUCCUUUGGGAAACCUCUUUAAAUUACUUCAGACUGACCUGGCCCCCAAAAGAGCAAGAUAUUUCCUGGAAGAUAUAGAUUCCGAUGCAGACACCACAUCUACCAUCUCAGCUGAAUGUCGUCCAGAAGACCAUUCCAAACGCUGUCCACAUCACAUAACUCCCCAAGAAGGAAUGAAAAAAGAUUAUCAGGCUCCAGAAUGUGACUUCAGCAGCUCAACAGAAUGUGACUCCAGCAGCUCAGCAGAAUGUGAUUCCAGCAGCUCGACAGAAUGUGAUUCCAGCAGCUCAGCAGAAUGUGACUCCAGCAGCUCAACAGAGGGACGUUCUGAUGAUUAUAUUAUAGAUGAGGAGACUGAUGAUUAUAUUAUAGAUGUGGAGACGGUAGAAAAUUAAAGCCAGGAUGUUGUCUAU